AUCUUUGGGCUAAAAGUGAAAAAGUUUGCAGAAACAUAAUUUCGGGAGGAGCAGGGUUGUAAAUCAAACGUACCUUUCGUGAUGUAGAAAAGGAAAGCUCAUGAUUGGUCGAGUGGACAGGAAGUGGCAUCAAAAUGCAGGAAGUAAAUGGAUUUUUGUCAAUGUGACCAGGUUGUGGAGAUUUCGCUACUUCAAAUGCUUUGUAGCGAUACUUUUUUCUACAUGCUUUCAUAAACAUGGCAUGUUUCUUUAGAAGAACAAUUGCAGCGAAGCUCGGGCGGACGCUGCAGCACCCCGAGGAUGUGUUUAUUCCAGCUAUAACCGCCAUGCCAGUUUUGAAGAAGCAACAGUCUCCAGACUUCCGGCUGUCAGUCAGCACAUUACGGACCAACGGGAUCCUGCCAUCAAAUGGAGACAUUCAGCUGCAAACAGAAAGCCUGGCUAAGCAGCUGAUGCGAGACGGCGUGGUGGAAGUCAUCUCUGCUGGAAAAGGAGUGAUCAACUUUCAAGUAAACCGUGAGCUUCUUGCAGAGAAAGUGUUGGAGCCGUUCGGUAAAGGGGAGGAUGACAAGUACGGGUUAAGCAGCGACCUUUUGACUUCCCUGAAAAGAGGAACCACAUUAGUGGAGUACAGCUCUCCAAAUAUCGCCAAGAAAUUCCACGCUGGACACUUGCGCUCCACAAUUAUUGGAAACUUUGUGGCUAACUUAAAAGAAUCGCUUGGAAACUCUGUCGUCCGGAUGAACUACCUUGGAGACUGGGGCAUGCAGUUUGGGUUACUCGGAGCCGGUUUUGAGAAGUUUGGAUCCGCUGAAAAACUAAAAGAGAAUCCUCUUCAUCAUUUGUUUGAGGUUUAUGUCCGAGUGAACAAGGAAGCGGAGCAAGAUGAAGCUUUGAAGCACGCCGCCAGGGACUUCUUUAGACAGCUGGAGCAGCAUGACGACGAGGCGGUGUCGCUGUGGCGACAGUUCAGAGAGAUCUCUGUCCAGGAGUAUCGGGACAUUUACAAGCGGUUAGGGGUCCACUUUGACGUCUACAGCGGGGAGUCUUUUCACCGAGACCAGGCCCAGGAGGUGGUGCGGCAGCUGCAGAACCGAGGGCUGCUGAAAACCUCCGAAAAAGGGACGGGGAUACUGGACCUCUCUCCUGAAGGAGACCCGAGUAACGUCUGCACUGUUCUCCGCAGUGACGGGACGACCCUCUACAUCACCAGAGACGUCGCUGCUGCCAUAAACCGAAAAGAAAAGUAUUCCUUUGAUGAAAUGAUUUAUGUGACUGACAAAAGCCAGGCGAAUCACUUCAGCCAGCUGUUCCAGAUUCUGGGUGCUAUGGGUCAUCCUUGGGCCGACAGGUGUCGGCACUUGCCCUUUGGCCUGGUUCAGGGCAUGAAGACCAGGACUGGCGACGUGGUGUUCCUGGAGGACGUGCUGGAUGAGGCUCGGGCCAGGAUGCUCCACAACAUGAGCCAGUCACACACGACAAAGGAGCUGGAGGAUCCAGAAGACACGGCGGAAAAAGUGGGAAUCUGUGCUCUGAUAGUCCAGGAUUUCAAAGGUCCGCUGCUGAGCGAUUAUAAGUUCGAUUGGGUGCGGAUGUUACAGGCUCAGGGCGACACCGGCGUCUUCCUCCAGUACACGCACGCCCGACUCUGCAGUUUAUUGAGGACAAAUAAAGGUGUGGAUGAAGGUGAAUUCAACCCCUCCCUUUUACGGGAGGUGACGAGCACCAACGUCCUGCAGCACCUCCUUCGCUACGAUGAGGUGCUGCUGCAGGCAUCUCAGGAUCUGCAGCCCAAACAUCUGGUGAACUUUUUACUGAAGCUGAGCCACUUCAUUGCUUCAGCACACAGAGAUCUGCCCGUGAAAGGAAGCCCGCCGGAUGUCGCUCAGGCGAGGUUACGCCUCUUCAGGGGGGCCUGCUCCGUCCUGGCCACUGGGAUGCGGAUCCUUGGCGUCACGCCCGUACAAAAAAUGUGACAGUUGAAGUAAAACGGUGUCAUUUCUGUAAAUAUUUCUAAAAUAAAGUAAACUACUGGUUUAAAG